GGCCCGGCGCGCUGCGAGGAGCGGAGCGACUCUCGGCGGAGCGCAGCCCCUGCGCGCGGUCCCCGCUCUCCCGGGCGCCGAGGCUGAGCGGCGGGGAGGGGCUCCGGGCCUCGGGCCCCUGCCGCGAGGAAGAUGGCGGACCCGGCCGAGUGCAACAUCAAGGUGAUGUGCCGCUUCAGGCCCCUCAACGAGGCCGAGAUGGCCCGGGGCGACAAGUACGUCGCCAAGUUCCAGGGCGAGGACACCGUCAUCGUCGCGUCCAAGCCUUAUGCAUUUGAUCGUGUAUUCCAGUCAAGUACAACACAGGAGCAAGUAUAUAAUGACUGUGCAAAGAAGAUAGUGAAAGAUGUACUUGAGGGAUAUAAUGGUACAAUAUUUGCAUAUGGACAGACAUCCUCUGGAAAGACGCAUACAAUGGAGGGUAAACUCCAUGAUCCAGAUGGAAUGGGUAUUAUUCCAAGAAUAGUACAAGAUAUUUUUAAUUAUAUUUACUCUAUGGAUGAAAAUUUGGAAUUCCACAUUAAGGUAUCAUACUUUGAAAUAUAUUUGGAUAAGAUAAGGGACCUUUUGGAUGUUUCAAAGACCAAUCUUUCUGUUCAUGAGGACAAAAACAGAGUUCCCUACGUAAAGGGUUGCACAGAGCGUUUUGUAUGUAGUCCAGAUGAGGUUAUGGAUACUAUAGACGAAGGAAAAUCUAACAGACAUGUAGCAGUUACAAAUAUGAAUGAACAUAGCUCUAGAAGCCACAGUAUCUUUCUUAUUAAUGUAAAACAAGAAAACACUCAAACAGAACAGAAACUGAGUGGGAAACUCUAUCUGGUAGACUUGGCCGGUAGUGAAAAGGUUAGUAAAACUGGAGCUGAAGGUGCUGUGCUGGAUGAAGCUAAAAACAUCAAUAAGUCUCUGUCUGCUCUUGGAAAUGUCAUUUCUGCUUUGGCUGAGAGUAGUACAUAUGUUCCCUAUCGAGAUAGUAAAAUGACAAGAAUCCUUCAAGAUUCACUAGGUGGCAACUGCAGAACCACUAUUGUCAUUUGUUGCUCUCCAUCAUCAUAUAACGAGUCUGAAACAAAAUCUACACUCCUUUUUGGUCAAAGAGCCAAGACAAUAAAGAAUACAGUUUGUGUUAAUGUGGAGCUAACUGCAGAACAGUGGAAGAAAAAAUAUGAAAAAGAAAAAGAGAAAAACAAGACAUUACGUAACACCAUUCAAUGGCUAGAAAAUGAACUCAAUCGAUGGCGCAAUGGGGAGACUGUGCCAGUUGAUGAACAGUUUGACAAAGAGAAAGCCAACUUAGAAGCCUUUGCAGUAGAUAAAGAUAUUACUGUCAUCAAUGAUAAACCAGCAGCCACAAUUGGAGUUACAGGAAACUUUACUGAUGCUGAAAGAAGAAAGUGUGAAGAAGAAAUUGCUAAAUUAUACAAACAACUUGAUGAUAAGGAUGAAGAAAUUAAUCAGCAGAGCCAAUUGGUAGAGAAAUUGAAGACACAAAUGUUGGAUCAAGAAGAGCUUCUAGCAUCUACAAGAAGGGACCAAGAUAAUAUGCAGGCCGAACUGAAUCGCCUGCAGGCAGAAAAUGAUGCAUCCAAGGAAGAAGUGAAAGAAGUGCUGCAGGCUCUGGAGGAACUUGCAGUCAACUAUGAUCAGAAGUCUCAGGAAGUUGAGGAUAAAGCCAAGGAGUAUGAACUACUUAGUGAUGAAUUGAAUCAGAAAUCGGCAACUCUAGCAAGUAUAGAUGCUGAACUUCAGAAACUCAAGGAAAUGACAAAUCACCAGAAAAAACGAGCCACGGAGAUGAUGGCCUCUUUAUUGAAAGACCUUGCAGAAAUUGGAAUUGCUGUGGGAAAUAAUGAUGUCAAGCAGCCUGAAGGAACUGGCAUGAUAGAUGAAGAAUUCACCGUUGCAAGAUUAUACAUUAGUAAAAUGAAAUCGGAAGUGAAAACAAUGGUAAAACGCUGCAAACAAUUAGAAAGCACACAAGCAGAAAGCAACAAAAAAAUGGAAGAAAAUGAAAAAGAAUUAGCAGCAUGUCAGCUUCGUAUAUCACAACAUGAAGCAAAAAUCAAGUCAUUGACUGAAUACCUUCAGAAUGUUGAGCAAAAGAAAAGGCAGUUAGAGGAAUCUGUGGACUCCCUCAAUGAAGAAUUAGUCCAGCUUAGAGCACAAGAGAAAGUCCAUGAAAUGGAAAAGGAGCAUCUAAAUAAGGUUCAGACAGCAAACGAAGUUAAGCAAGCUGUUGAACAACAGAUACAGAGCCACAGAGAAACUCAUCAAAAACAAAUUAGUAGUCUGAGAGAUGAAGUUGAUGCAAAAGAAAAGCUUAUUACUGAUCUUCAAGAUCAGAAUCAGAAGAUGAUGCUAGAGCAGGAACGCCUGAGAGUUGAACAUGAGAAGUUGAAAGCCACAGAUCAAGAAAAAAGCAGGAAACUACAUGAACUUACUGUUAUGCAAGACAGGAGAGAACAAGCAAGGCAAGACCUGAAGGGAUUAGAAGAGACUGUGGCAAAAGAACUUCAGACUUUACACAACCUUCGGAAACUCUUUGUUCAAGACCUGGCCACGAGAGUUAAAAAGAGUGCGGAGAUUGAUUCUGAUGACACAGGAGGCAGUGCUGCCCAAAAGCAGAAGAUCUCCUUUCUUGAGAAUAAUCUUGAGCAGCUCACUAAAGUGCACAAACAGUUGGUACGUGAUAAUGCAGAUCUUCGCUGUGAGCUUCCAAAAUUGGAAAAACGACUUAGAGCUACAGCUGAGAGAGUUAAAGCUUUGGAGUCUGCUCUGAAAGAAGCCAAAGAAAAUGCCUCUCGGGAUCGGAAACGGUAUCAGCAAGAAGUCGAUCGGAUUAAGGAAGCAGUCAGGUCAAAGAACAUGGCCAGGAGGGGUCAUUCUGCACAGAUUGCUAAGCCCAUCCGUCCUGGACAACAUCCCGCUGCUUCUCCAACUCAUCCAAGUGCAAUUCGUGGGGGAGGUGCAUUUACUCAGAAUAGCCAGCCUGUGGCUGUUCGUGGUGGUGGAGGCAGACAAGAUAAAGUCUGUUGAAGAUGAUGUGUUAUCAAGCAGAGAGACAGAGAGCCUCAUUCCAUGACUAUAAUCUCUCCCCUCCAGGGGUUAUAGGAUUAUAACUUUUUUAAAUGUAUAAAUUAUACCUGGCCUGUACAGCUAUUUCCCACCCAACUCAUCUUGCAAAUUCAGCUGAUUCUCAACACAACUAGAGUGCAAUUUUGGCGUCUUGGAAAAUUGACAUGUAAUUUCAGAGUGUAGCCCUGUUCAUGACACAAUUUGUCUUUCAUGUCUUAAAUUUAGUCUGCACUGUGCCAAGUUGAAUGUACUCUACAGGUUUUAAAAAAGAUUUUAGUUUAAGUUACCUUCCUCCUUUUGUGUGUGUUUUCUUGUUUUAGGGAACAUGGAACAAGGUUGGACUUUAGAUUUGCUAUUUUAAGUUUUACCACUUAUAACACUAUGUGUCCCACUGUGUCUAUCAGGGGAGCACUUAAAGACUCCUGGAAAAUACAUCAGGGCUAAAAACUAUUUGUAAGGUUUCUGAAGUGUGCUUCUUAAAAUCAUUUGGGCACUGACAUCUUGAAACUGCAUAACUAGACAUUUCAGUUUCAACCAGGCUGCUUAACUGUUAAUCUGAAAUGCCUGUUGCCAGGUCAUUUUUAGUUAAAUACUAUAUAUUAACAAGUAAACCUAAGUUUACAUAAAAGAGUUGGUUUGGCAAAGGAACAUUUUUAUGUGUUGUUCCUAAUUCUAUAUACAAUAUAUAGUUUGAUGGGGUGAAAAUAUCCUGCUUCAUUCCGGUUAGCCUACUAGCUAGCACAAAAAUCUGACAGUUAAUUUAUCAUCUCUAACAUAGCAAAAGGAACUAGAAGGGUCUAGAAUUAAAUUUAAUUUCUUAUUCUUGCAUUAUCAGUACUAUAUCAAUGACCUAAAUUUAGCCUUUGGAAAUUGAGAAAAUGUGAAGUAACUUAAAACAGCUAGAUAAUUAAGUAAAACACACUGAUGCACAUGAGAUAGGAAUUAGUUCAUUUUGGCACCCAUCCCUGAGGUGUGGUUUAAAACUGUUCUACACUGAGUUGUACACUAUAAUUUAUUUCUGGUUUAGUCUAGAAAUACUGGGAAGUUUACUCCAAACCUUUUAUAUUAAAUGAAUCUUUUCUUUUUUUGCCUUGUUUGCAAGAGUCACUAGUAUAUUCAUGAAAUAAAAUGGUUUCUUUUGUUGGCUUUAGUCCAUGAUUUUUGUAAUUAGAUCUACUUUUUACCUAUUACUCUCAGUUCUUCCUUAGAGGAUUGAAAAGAAUCAGCAGUUUCAUUUAGAAAGUUAUAUCAGUGAUAUGGUAAAGAGAGCUCAAAUCUUUGGUUCUUCUAGAGCUUUUGGCAGGAUUUAGGGGAAAGUUAGGGUUUGGGAGCCAUUCAUCAGAUAGUGUAGGAACUCUGAAGUUCUUUAUUAGGAUGUGUUGGUGGCAAAAAUAACUUUUUAGCAAAGUUUUCUAUACAGAUAUUUGUAUUAUGAAAUUUGGAGCCAUUGUCAGAAGUUUCAGACCCUAAUUGGCUUAUUUUUCUAUUUCCUUAACUACUGUAAUUUCCACUUUUUGUAAUAAUUUUGAUUUAAAGGGUGAAUUUAUUUAUUUAUUUUUUUAUUAACAGCCAGAAAUCCUUGCUGUUGCAGUCUGUAGUCCUUAAAGCAAUUACGUUGCUUUUAGGACUAAUCAAAAAAAAAAAAGAAGAAGCACUCCAAAAUUCAAGAUGAAAUUUUUGUGUGCAGCAAGAUAGGUUAUUUUACUAAGAAACAAAAUCCUGCAGCAUUUGUGAUGAAGACAAGAGUUUUCUAAAUGAAAACAUCUUUGUCAUUACCUGCCUAAUGGGUGCAUGUGCUUAGAUAUUUGUAUUUUACUUCUGACUGAAAACUGGUUUCCUUGGAAUUAUACAUAAAUCAAGCAGAUUUUUUUUUCUCUUUUGUCUGUAUAUGGUAGUUUUGUUCCUGUAAGUAAAUAAAGUAUGAUGGGUAUCGGUGCUGAGCAUUGCUGUGUAACAGUGCAAUUGUAACUAACUAGCAUGUAGCUCAAAAUAUAAUUACCUUUUUAUAUCUUAAUAAUUUUUUUAAUUUCUAAUUUUAAACCUUUUGCAAAGUUUACCAAGAAUUACAUUGAAAAUUUUUAAAAGGAACUGCUCUUUGGUUCUGCUACAGUGGGUCGGUGGAACAGAACAUUUACUCUUUGUAAAUGAACAUUUUCAGUCUCUAAUAGGACCCUGAUACAAUGCUAUUUCAAUUUGCAGUAUCCCCUUUGGGUGGAUUUUAUUUUUAUGUUCCUCUGAAUUGUCUUGUUAAAAUGGUUUAGAAGAAAAACUCAGUGAAAUAAAAGAAUAAUAUUUAUUCAUGGUGAUCAAUUAAAUUAUUUGCAUAAUUUAAGGUUACUGACUCACUACUGUGUGUGUAACUCUAAAUUUGACAUGAGAUGACAUAAGAGUCUGAAUCUACCUGUGGAAUACAUUGGCUUAAUUUCAGUGUGGGAAGAUACAUUCAAAGAUAAUUGGUUUGGGGAAGACGCCAUAUAGUUUUAAUUUAACCUGCAUGCUGUAAAUGUAUGUGUUUAAAUAAAGAGAGAAAAAAACACUGAAAUUUAGUGACUUUAUUAAAACUUUGAAAUGAAGUAUUUCUUGUUCUGUUUUAGUAAGACCAAGUUACUUUUCAUAUUGGCAUGAUGGCAGUUGUAUGCAGACUACUUGUUAAUAUCUUUAUGUUCAUUUUCUGAAAUUUUACUGUAGCAGAUGUUAAAUAUCUCUAGUCUCCGGAGUUAUGACCUAGAAAUGGAUUGUGCCAUCGAUUUUUCCUGUUUCACUUCAGUACACUUUCCAUUACAAAAUCCAUUUGUACCUUAACUCACUUUAUUGGGUUUCAAGCUUGAAUGUGGCCUGAAAUUUUAGUUUUUAAAUUAUUAGUGGACAUACAGAUCCAACAGGAACACCAAAUUUUAAAAGAGGAACGUGAUUUCUUCCUCUAAAUUAUCUUGUCUUUUUAUCUAGAGAAACAGAUAGUGACAAGAAAGAUAAAUAUGCUUUUUGUACAUUGUUAGGUACUCAGUGUCAAAAACUGUAGGGAGUGUAGGUUAUGGCUUUUCCUAAGUCAGUCAUCAAAAGCAUCAUGCAGUGCUACCCAUUUUAAAACAAAUUAUGGAGGUAAGUCUGUAUAUUUAGGAAAGUGUUGAAUAAAAAGAGUCCAAAAUUUUGUAAAUUUGCAUAUUGAGAGGUAUAAUUGGGGAAGGGAUUGUUAACAGGGUUUCUAAAUGAAUGGUUCACAGAAUAAUGACUUUUCCAAAAUGUUCAUAGGAAAAGCAAACUAAAUAGCUUGUUUAUCAAAGCAUUUAGUAAACUGUAAAGUGCUUUAUGAAUGUGAGUUGUUAUUAUAACACCCUUUAAUUAUAGCCCAAGCUGACAACUAAUUCAAACAUUAAAUGGGAUACAGGGAGAGAAACUGUAGGGGAAAAAACACUCCAGCAAAAAUGUACUAACCUGCUACCAGAGAAGGUUAAAAGGGGAAAUUAACAGACUUCUGCAUACAAACUGCCCCAAACUGACUACACCAUAAUAAUGGGCAGUUGGUGACCAGUCCACUAUGGCCUGCUGACCAGGACAGCUAGGAGAUCAAACAGCAGUUGAUCACUUAGAGCAGAUGGUCUUAACCUUCUUUGUCUCCUGGACCCCUUUUUUGAAUAAUGUUUUUAAAUGCAUAAAAUAAGGUUAAAAGGAAACCAAUGAUGCUGAAAUACAGUUACUGAAAUAUUUUAAACAAGAUCAUAGACCAGGGGUUAAGAAAAGGUGACCCAUUUAGGUGCUUGAAGUUUCAGUUUCUCAGUUCAAGAAGGGUAACCAACAAAAUCCCUUUUAGGAUCUUAUUCUAGAAGUAGGAUUUAAAGCUGCGUCUUCUGGCUCAAAAACUGGCUCUUAGAGGCAGCAAAGUGGCAAAGUGGAUAGAGCUGCAUACCUGAAAACAGGAAGUCUUGAGUUCAAAUUCUGCCUCAAGCACUUACUAACUGACUGGAUGAGUCUCAACCCUCUGUGCCUCAGUUUCCUCAUCUGUAAGAAGAAAAUAGCACCUUUCUCACAUGAUUGUCCCAAG